GAAAGAAAAAGUCAAUGCCAUAGUACGAGAAAAAGCCGAGAAGUUCAGAAAACUGCAAGAUGCCAGCAGAUCAGCUCAGGCCCUGGUGGAACAGAUGGUGACUGAGGGUGUUAAUGCUGAAAGUAUCAUACAAGCCUCAGAACAACUGAACAGCCGGUGGGCAGAAUUCUGCCAAUUGCUGAGUGAGAGAGUUAACUGGCUAGAGUAUCAAAACAACAUCAUUACUUUUUACAAUCAGCUACAGCAUUUGGAGCAGAUGACAACUACUGCUGAAAACUGGUUGAAAACCCAACCCACUACCCCAUCAGAGCCAAUAGCAAUUAAAAGCCAGUUGAAAAUUUGUAAGGAUGAAGUCAACAGGCUAUCAGCUCUUCAGCCUCAAAUUGAGCAGUUAAAAAUCCAGAGCAUAUCCCUGAAAGAGAAAGGACAGGGGCCAAUGUUCCUGGACGCAGACUUUGUGGCCUUUACAAAUCAUUUUAACUACAUCUUUGCUGGUGUGCAGGCCAGAGAGAAGGAGCUACAGACAAUUUUUGACACUUUACCACCAAUGCGCUAUCAGGAGACAAUGAGUACCAUCCGGACGUGGAUACAACAGUCAGAAAACAAACUCUCAAUACCUCAUCUUAGUGUCACUGAAUAUGAAAUAAUGGAGCAGAGACUCGGAAAAUUACAGGCUUUGCAAAGUUCUUUGAAAGAGCAAGAAAGUGGCUUCAACUAUCUGAGCACCACUGUGAAGGAGAUGUCCAAGAAAGCACCUUCAGAUAUAAUCCACAAAUAUCAGUUAGAAUUUGAAGAGGUUGAGGGACGCUGGAAGAAGCUCUCUACCCAUUUGACGGAAUAUUGCCAAAAGCUAGAGGAACAUAUGAACAAACUUCGAAAAAUUCAGAAUCACAUAAAAACCUUGAAGAAAUGGAUGGCUGAAGUUGAUGUUUUCCUGAAAGAGGAAUGGCCUGCCCUGGGGGAUUCUGAAAUUCUAAAAAAGCAGCUGAAGCAAUGCAGACUUUUAGUCAGUGAUAUUCAGACAAUACAGCCCAGUCUAAACAGUGUCAAUGAAGGUGGGCAGAAGAUAAAGAGUGAAGCUGAACAAGAGUUUGCAUCCAGACUUGAAACAGAACUCAGAGAACUUAACACACAGUGGGAUCACAUGUGCCGCCAGGUCUACACCAGAAAAGAAGCCUUGAAAGCAGGUUUGGAUAAAACUGUAAGCCUCCAGAAAGAUCUAUCAGAGAUGCAUGAGUGGAUGACACAAGCUGAAGAAGAAUAUCUAGAGAGAGAUUUUGAAUAUAAAACUCCAGAUGAAUUACAGACUGCAGUUGAAGAGAUGAAGAGAGCUAAAGAAGAGGCACUACAAAAAGAAACAAAAGUGAAACUGCUAACUGAGACUGUAAAUAGUGUAAUAGCUCAAGCUCCACCUGCAGCACAAGAGGCCUUAAAAAAGGAACUUGAAACUCUAACAACCAACUACCAGUGGCUGUGUACCAGGCUGAAUGGAAAGUGCAAAACUUUGGAAGAAGUUUGGGCAUGUUGGCAUGAGUUAUUGUCAUACUUGGAGAAGGCAAACAAGUUGCUCAAUGAACUAGAAUUGAAACUUAAAACAACUGAAAAUGUUCCUGCUGGAGCUGAGGAAAUCACUGAGGUGCUACAAUCUCUUGAAAAUUUGAUGCAGCAUUCGGAGGAUAACCCAAAUCAGAUUCGCAUAUUGGCACAGACCCUAACAGAUGGAGGAGUCAUGGAUGAACUGAUCAAUGAGGAACUUGAGACAUUUAAUUCUCGUUGGAGGGAACUACAUGAAGAGGCUGUGAGAAAACAAAAGUUGCUUGAACAGAGUAUCCAGUCUGCACAGGAGAUUGAAAAAUCCUUACACUUAAUUCAGGAGUCCCUUGAAUUAAUUGACAAGCAGUUGGCAGCUUAUAUUGCUGACAAGGUGGAUGCAGCUCAAAUGCCACAGGAAGCCCAGAAAAUACAAUCGGAUUUGACAAGUCAUGAAAUCAGUUUAGAGGAAAUGAAGAAACAUAACCAGGGGAAGGAUGCUGCCCAAAGAGUUCUUUCACAAAUUGAUGUUGCACAGAAAAAAUUACAGGAUGUCUCCAUGAAAUUUCGAUUAUUCCAAAAACCAGCCAAUUUUGACCAGCGUCUAGAGGAAAGUAAGAUGAUUUUAGAUGAAGUAAAGAUGCAUUUACCUGCACUGGAAACAAAGAGUGUUGAACAGGAAGUAGUCCAGUCACAACUAAGUCACUGUGUGAAUUUGUAUAAAAGCCUGAGUGAAGUGAAAUCUGAAGUGGAAAUGGUGAUUAAAACUGGACGUCAAAUUGUACAGAAAAAGCAGACAGAAAACCCCAAGGAACUUGACGAAAGAGUAACAGCUUUGAAAUUGCAUUAUAAUGAACUGGGUGCAAAGGUAACAGAGAGAAAGCAGCAGUUGGAGAAAUGCUUAAAAUUGUCCCGUAAGAUGAGAAAGGAAAUGAAUGUGUUAACAGAAUGGCUGGCAGCAACAGAUAUGGAAUUGACAAAGAGAUCAGCAGUUGAAGGAAUGCCAAGUAAUUUGGAUGCUGAGAUUGCCUGGGGAAAGGCUACUCAGAAAGAGAUUGAGAAGCAGAAGGCUCACUUGAAGAGUGUCACAGAACUAGGAGAAGCUUUGAAAACUGUGUUGGGGAAGAAGGAAACUUUGGUGGAAGACAAACUGAGUCUUCUGAAUAGUAACUGGAUAGCUGUCACCUCCAGAGCAGAAGAAUGGCUAAAUCUUUUGUUGGAAUACCAGAAACACAUGGAAACCUUUGAUCAGAAUGUACAACACAUCACAAAGUGGAUCAUUCACACAGAUGAACUUUUGGAUGAAUCUGAAAAAAAGAAGCCACAACAAAAGGAAGACAUUCUUAAGCGUUUAAAGGCCGAAAUGAACGACAUCCGCCCAAAGGUGGACUCCACACGUGACCAGGCAGCAAACUUGAUGGCAAACAGAGGUGACCACUGUAGGAAAAUAGUAGAGCCUCAAAUCUCCGAGCUCAACCGUCGAUUUGCAGCCAUUUCUCACAGAAUUAAGACUGGAAAGGCCUCCAUUCCUUUGAAGGAAUUGGAGCAGUUUAACUCAGAUAUACAAAAAUUGCUUGAACCACUGGAGGCUGAAAUUCAGCAGGGGGUGAAUCUGAAAGAGGAAGACUUCAAUAAAGAUAUGAGUGAAGACAAUGAGGGUACUGUAAAUGAAUUGUUGCAAAGAGGAGACAACUUACAACAAAGAAUCAGUGAUGAGAGAAAGCGAGAGGAAAUAAAGAUAAAACAGCAGCUGUUACAAGAAAAACAUAAUGCUCUCAAGGAUUUGAGGUCUCAAAGAAGAAAAAAGGCCCUAGAAAUUUCUCACCAAUGGUAUCAGUACAAGAGGCAGGCUGAUGAUCUCCUGAAAUGCUUGGAUGACAUUGAAAAAAAAUUAGCCAGCCUACCUGAACCCAGAGAUGAAAGGAAAAUAAAGGAAAUUGAUCGUGAAUUGCAGAAGAAGAAAGAGGAGCUGAAUGCAGUGCACAGGCAAGCUGAGGCCUUGUCUGAGAAUGGGGCCGCAAUGGCAGUGGAGCCAACUCAAAUCGAGCUCAGCAAGCGUUGGCGGGAAAUUGAGAGCAAUUUUGCUCAGUUUCGAAGACUCAACUUUGCACAAAUUCACACUCUCCGUGAAGAAACGAUGGUAGUGAUGACUGAAGAUAUGCCUUUGGAUGUUUCUUACGUGCCUUCUACUUAUUUGACCGAGAUCAGUCAUAUCUCACAAGCUCUAUCAGAAGUGGAACAACUUCUAAAUGCUCCUGAACUCUGUGCUAAAGAUUUUGAAGAUCUCUUUAAGCAAGAGGAGUCUCUUAAGAAUAUAAAAGACAAUCUGAAACAAAUCUCAGGUCGGAUUGAUGUUAUUCACAAGAAGAAGACAGCAGCCUUGCAAAGUGCCACCUCUGUGGAAAGGGUGAAGCUACAGGAAGCAGUGUCACAGCUGGAUUUCCAGUGGGAAAAAGUUAAUAGAAUGUACAAGGAACGGCAAGGGCGAUUUGAUCGAUCAGUUGAAAAAUGGAGACACUUUCAUUAUGAUAUGAAGGUAUUUAAUCAAUGGCUGAAUGAAGUUGAACAGUUUUUCAGAAAGACACAAAAUCCUGAAAAUUGGGAACAUGCGAAAUACAAAUGGUAUCUUAAGGAACUCGAGGAUGGCAUUGGACAGAGGCAACCUGUUGUCAAAACACUGAAUGCAACUGGGGAAGAAAUAAUUCAACAGUCUUCAAAAACAGAUGCCAAUAUUCUACAGGAAAAAUUAGAAAGUUUGAGUCUGCGGUGGCACGAGAUCUGCAAACAGCUGGCUGAGAGGAAAAAGAGGAGUGAAGAACAAAAGAAUGUCUUGUCAGAAUUUCAAAGAGAUUUAAAUGAAUUUGUUUUGUGGUUGGAAGAAGCAGAUAACAUCACUAAUACUCCACUUGGAAAUGAACAGCAGCUAAAAGAAAAGCUUGAACAAGUGAAGUUACUGGCAGAAGAGUUGCCCCUGCGCCAAGGAAUUCUAAAACAAUUAAAUGAAACAGGAAAAGUUGUACUUUUAAGUGCUCCCAUAAGACCAGAAGAGCAAGAUAAACUUGAAAAUAAGCUCAAGCAGACAAAUCUCCAGUGGAUAAAGGUCUCCAGAGCUUUGCCUGAAAAACAAGGAGAACUUGAGGUUCACAUAAAAGAUUUCGGGCAACUUGAAGAGCAGCUGGAUCACUUGCUUCUGUGGCUUUCUCCUAUUAGGAAUCAAUUGGAAAUUUAUAGCCAACCAAGUCAAACAGGACUAUUUGACCUGAAGGAAACUGAAGUAACAGUUCAAGCUAAACAACCGGAUGUGGAAAGGCUUUUGUCUAAAGGGCAGCAUUUGUAUAAGGAAAAACCAAGCACUCAGCCAGUGAAGAGAAAAUUAGAAGAUCUGAGGUCUGAGUGGGAGACUGUAAACCAUUUACUUCAGGAGCUGAGGACAAAGCAGCCUGUUCGUGUCCCAGGACUGACCACUAUUGGAGCCUCUGCUAGUCAGACUGUUACUCUAGUGACACCGCCUGUGGUUACCAAGGAAACUGCCGUCUCCAAACCAGAAAUGCCAUCUUCUUUGCUGUUGGAGGUACCUGCUCUGGCAGAUUUCAACCGAGCUUGGACAGAACUUACAGACUGGCUUUCUCUGCUUGAUCGAGUUAUAAAAUCACAGAGGGUGAUGGUGGGUGAUCUGGAAGACAUCAAUGAGAUGAUCAUCAAACAGAAGGCAACACUACAAGAUUUGGAACAGAGACGUCCCCAGUUGGAAGAACUCAUUACUGCUGCUCAGAAUUUGAAAAACAAAACCAGCAAUCAGGAAGCUAGAACAGUUAUUACUGAUCGAAUUGAAAGAAUUCAGAAUCAGUGGGAUGAGGUACAGGAACACCUUCAGAACCGGAGACAGCAGUUGAAUGAAAUGUUAAAGGAUUCAACGCAGUGGCUAGAAAUGAAGGAAAAAGCUGAACAGGUCAUGGGACAAGCCAGAACCAAGCUUGACUCAUGGAAAGAGGGUCCUCACACGAUGGAUGAAAUCCAAAAGAAGAUCACAGAAACCAAGCAGUUGGCCAAAGACCUCCAUCAAUGGCAGCUAAAUGUAGAUGUGGCAAAUGAUUUGGCACUGAAACUUCUUCGGGACUAUUCUGCAGAUGAUACCAGAAAAGUUCACAUGAUAACAGAGAAUAUCAAUGCUUCUUGGGGAAACAUUCAUAAAAGAGUGAACGAGCGAGAGGCUGCUUUGGAAGAAAUUCAUAGGUUACUGCAACAGUUCCCUCUAGACCUGGAGAAGUUUCUUUCCUGGAUUACAGAAGCUGAAACAACUGCAAAUGUCCUCCAGGAUGCUUCCCGGAAAGAGAAACUUCUAGAAGACUCCAAGGGAGUCAGAGAACUGAUGAAACAGUGGCAAGAUCUCCAAGGUGAAAUUGAAGCUCACACGGACAUCUAUCACAAUCUCGAUGAAAAUGGCCAAAAAAUCUUGAGAUCCCUGGAAAGUUCAGAUGAAGCAGCCCUGUUACAAAGACGUUUGGAUAACAUGAAUUUCAAGUGGAGUGAGCUUCGGAAAAAGUCUCUCAACAUUAGGUCCCAUUUGGAAGCCAGUUCUGACCAGUGGAAGCGUCUGCAUCUUUCUCUUCAGGAACUUCUUGUGUGGCUACAGCUGAAAGGUGAUGAGUUGAGCCGGCAGGCACCUAUCGGCGGUGAUUUUCCAGCAGUUCAGAAGCAGAAUGACAUUCACAGGACCUUCAAGAGGGAAUUGAAAACUAAAGAAGCUGUAAUCAUGAGUACCCUGGAGACGGUGAGAAUAUUUCUGACAGAGCAGCCUUUGGAAGGACUGGAGAAGCUCUACCAGGAGCCCAGAGAGCUGCCUCCUGAAGAAAGAGCCCAGAAUGUCACUCGGCUCCUACGAAAACAGGCUGAAGAGGUCAACACUGAAUGGGACAAACUGAACCUGCACUCAGCUGAUUGGCAGAGAAAAAUAGAUGAGGCGCUUGAAAGAUUGCAGGAACUUCAGGAAGCUGCGGAUGAUCUGGACCUCAAGUUGCAUCAAGCUGAGGUGAUCAAGGGAUCCUGGCAGCCAGUGGGGGAUCUCCUCAUUGACUCUCUCCAAGAUCACCUUGAAAAAGUCAAGGUACUUCGGGGAGAAAUUGCACCUCUUAAAGAGAAUGUUAAUCGAGUCAAUGACCUUGCUCGACAGCUUACUACAUUGGGCAUUCAGCUUUCACCUUAUAACCUCAGCACACUAGAAGAUCUGAAUACCAGAUGGAAACUUCUGCAGGUGGCUGUGGAGGAUCGUGUCAGGCAGCUGCAUGAAGCCCACAGGGACUUUGGACCAGCAUCCCAGCACUUCCUUUCUACUUCAGUCCAGGGUCCCUGGGAGAGAGCCAUCUCACCAAACAAAGUGCCCUACUAUAUCAACCACGAGACCCAAACAACUUGUUGGGACCAUCCCAAAAUGACAGAGCUCUACCAGUCUUUAGCUGACCUGAAUAACGUCAGGUUCUCCGCUUAUAGGACUGCCAUGAAGCUGCGAAGACUGCAGAAGGCCCUUUGCCUGGAUCUCUUGAGCCUGUCAGCUGCAUGUGAUGCCUUGGACCAGCACAACCUCAAGGCAAAUGACCAACCCAUGGAUAUUCUGCAGAUCAUUAACUGUUUGACUACUAUUUAUGAUCGUUUGGAGCAAGAGCACAACAACUUGGUCAACGUCCCUCUCUGUGUGGAUAUGUGUCUCAACUGGCUUCUCAAUGUUUAUGAUACGGGACGAACAGGGAGGAUCCGUGUCCUGUCUUUUAAAACUGGCAUCAUUUCUCUGUGUAAAGCACACUUGGAAGACAAGUACAGAUACCUUUUCAAGCAAGUGGCAAGUUCAACUGGAUUUUGUGACCAGCGUAGGCUGGGUCUUCUUCUGCAUGAUUCUAUUCAAAUCCCAAGACAGUUGGGUGAAGUUGCCUCCUUUGGGGGCAGUAACAUUGAGCCAAGCGUCAGGAGCUGCUUCCAAUUUGCCAAUAAUAAACCUGAGAUUGAAGCGGCCCUCUUCCUCGACUGGAUGCGCCUGGAACCCCAGUCUAUGGUGUGGCUGCCCGUUUUGCACAGAGUGGCUGCUGCAGAAACUGCCAAGCACCAGGCCAAGUGUAACAUCUGCAAGGAGUGUCCAAUCAUUGGAUUCAGGUACAGAAGUCUAAAGCACUUUAAUUAUGACAUCUGCCAAAGCUGCUUCUUUUCUGGUCGAGUGGCAAAGGGCCAUAAAAUGCACUACCCCAUGGUAGAAUAUUGUACUCCGACUACAUCUGGAGAAGAUGUCCGUGACUUCGCCAAGGUACUCAAAAACAAAUUUCGAACCAAAAGGUAUUUUGCGAAGCAUCCCCGAAUGGGCUACCUGCCAGUGCAGACUGUCUUAGAGGGGGACAACAUGGAAACGCCUGCCUCGUCCCCCCAGCUUUCACACGAUGAUACUCAUUCACGCAUUGAACAUUAUGCUAGCAGGCUAGCAGAAAUGGAAAACAGCAAUGGAUCUUAUCUAAAUGAUAGCAUCUCUCCUAAUGAGAGCAUAGAUGAUGAACAUUUGUUAAUCCAGCAUUACUGCCAAAGUUUGAACCAGGACUCCCCCCUGAGCCAGCCUCGUAGUCCUGCCCAGAUCUUGAUUUCCUUAGAGAGUGAGGAAAGAGGGGAGCUAGAGAGAAUCCUAGCAGAUCUUGAGGAAGAAAACAGGAAUCUGCAAGCAGAAUAUGAUCGUCUGAAGCAGCAGCAUGAGCAUAAAGGCCUGUCCCCACUGCCAUCUCCUCCUGAGAUGAUGCCCACCUCUCCCCAGAGUCCCAGGGAUGCUGAGCUCAUUGCUGAGGCCAAGCUACUGCGUCAACACAAGGGACGCCUGGAAGCCAGGAUGCAAAUCCUGGAAGACCACAAUAAGCAGCUGGAGUCUCAGUUACAUAGACUGAGACAGCUCCUGGAGCAACCCCAGGCUGAGGCCAAGGUGAAUGGCACCACAGUGUCCUCUCCUUCUACGUCUCUGCAGAGGUCAGACAGCAGUCAGCCUAUGCUGCUCCGCGUGGUUGGCAGUCAAACUUCAGAGUCUAUGGGUGAGGAAGAUCUUCUGAGUCCUCCCCAGGAUACAAGCACAGGAUUAGAAGAGGUCAUGGAGCAACUCAACAACUCCUUCCCUAGUUCAAGAGGACACAAUGUAGGAAGCCUUUUCCACAUGGCAGAUGAUUUGGGCAAAGCGAUGGAGUCCUUAGUUUCAGUCAUGACAGAUGAAGAAGGAGCAGAAUAAAUGUUUUACAACUCCUGAUUCCCGCAUGGUUUUUAUAAUAUUCGUACAACAAAGAGGAUUAGACAGUAAGAGUUUACAAGAAAUAAAAUCUAUAUUUUUGUGAAGGGUAGUGGUACUAUACUGUAGAUUUCAGUAGUUUCUAAGUCUGUUAUUGUUUUGUUAACAAUGGCAGGUUUUACACGUCUAUGCAAUUGUACAAAAAAAGUUAAAAGAAAACUACAUGUAAAAUCUUGAUAGCUAAACAACUUGCCAUUUCUUUAUAUGGAACGCAUUUUGGGUUGUUUAAAAAUUUAUAACAGUUAUAAAGAAAGAUUGUAAACUAAAGUGUGCUUUAUAAAAAAAAGUUGUUUAUAAAACCCCUAAACACACACACACGCACACGCACAUGCACACAAACACACACACACAAACACACACACACACAUACACACACACACUGAGGCAGCACAUUGUUUUGCAUUAUUUUAGCGUGGUAUUCAUAUGGAAUUCAUGACUUCUUUUCUUUUCUUGCAUAUUAAAGAUAGGACUUCCUCUAACACCACCAAAUGACUGCUUCACAUUGCUCUUUUGAGAAUUGUUGACUGAGUGGGGCUGGCUAUGGGCUUUAACUUUAUACAUCUAUAUGUCUACAAGUAUAUAAAUACUAUAGGUGUAUAGAUAAAUAGAUAUGAAAUUCUUCUUCAAAUGUUCUUGCCACUUCCUAAUGGAAAUAAAUUGCUUCUAGUCAUCUGGACUUAUCUGCUUGGGCAAGAGUGAAUUAUCCCUGGAGCCUGAGGCCAGGAGAAUAAUACCAUACUAAAAUAUUGUCUAGGGCUCCAGAUGUUUCUAGUUUUAAACUUUCCACUGACAACUAGAACUCGGAAUUUUUUUAAGGAUCAUGUGAAUGAAUACACAGGACUUACUAUAUCAAAGUAAUCUGUUGGUUGAUAUAUUCAGCUUCCUGCGGCUGGCUAUGCCAUGGUUUAGAUUUAAUGAUGUUUCUGCAAAAGAGCAUCAGAAGGCAUUUUUCACUCCUGGGCAAUAGGAGGAAGAUAGUAGGGGCUGAGGGUUGUGACUCCCCAGUCAGUCCCUGUGAGGGGAGCAGCUACUCUGUAAAAGAGUGGGUGAAUAUUCACAACUAUACAUACAAACAUCUCUAUAAUCACAACUAAAGUGUUCUGCCCUCUUCUUACACUCGAAGUAAAGUGGGCAGAUUUGUUGUUGUUGUUGCUGUUGUUGCUGUUGAUUUUUAGAUUUUAGAUUUGGUUUUAUCAUUGUGAUGAGUUUGUUUUAAUGCUGCAAGACUUAAGAUUAUUGGUAAGAAAGUAACCCGAUCACAUUGUGACCCUGGUGAAUAUCAAUCCAGAAGCCCAUGAACUGCAUUUGUCUGCUUUGCAUUCGUUUUCCGGCAAGUAAUUCCAUACAGGAUUGUGAGUGGGAAGGCACAACAAUUGGAAGGUUUCAAGACCAAAAGAAAAGCCUCUCCAAACCCUUUGGUCAAUUUGACAGGCUAAAUUAUAAACAAAUGCAGAUCAUUGCAAAAGAGGAGAAAAGGUGAAGGUGAAAGCUGAGGAUUGGUAGGAAAAGCUUUACUUACUCUUUCAUGUCACUGUGUUACAGUAUCACUUCAAAAUCAUUCUGUUUCGUAGAAAUCACUGUCCUAUUAUUUUGCAAAUCUGUUACCUCUAACAUCCAGUGUAAUUAACUUUUAGAGAGUGGAUUUUGUCCAUUAUUACUUGUAAUUAUAACAUCAAACACAGCUUCUCAUGCUAUUUCUACCUCACUUUGGUUUUGGGGUGUUCCUGGUAAUUGUGCACACCUGAUUUCACAGCUUCACCACUUGUCUGUUGUGUGGAUACCAGUCUCCUUUUUUCUUUUAUAAUUUCCAAAAGAAAACCCAAAGCUCUAAGGUUAAAAAAAUUGAGAAUUGGUUUUAGUCUUGCAUUAUUUUUCUCUUUUAUGUGAUGCUGGACAUUUUCUUUACCCAAGGGUUUGUUUUAACUAAAAUUUCAAACAAAGGGUUACUUUACAUCCUACUAAGAAGUUUUAAGUUUCAUUCUAAAAUCAGAGGUAGAUAGAGUGCAUAAUUUUGUUUUAAUCUUUUUGUUUUAUCUUUUAGAUAUUAGUUCUGGAGUGAAUCUGUCAAAAUAUUUGAAUAAAAACUGAGAGCUUUAUUGCUGAGUUUAAGCAUAAUUUGGACAUCAUUUUGUGUUCUUUAUAACCACCAAGUAUUAAACUGUAAAUCAUAAUCAAUGUAACUGAAGCAUAAACAUCACAUGGCAUGUAUCAUCAUUGUUUCCAGGUACUGGAUUCUUACUUGAGUAUCAUAAUAUAUUGUGUUUUAACACCAACACUGUAACAUUUACUAAUUAUUUUUUUAAACUUCAGUUUUACUUCAUUUUCACAACAUAUCAGACUUCACCAAAUAUAUGCCUUACUAUUGUAUUAUAUUACUGCUUUACUGUGUAUCUCAAUAAAGCACGCAGUUAUGUUACAAAAAA